AUUUCCUUAUUAAAUUUAUCUUCUUCCAAACAUAGCCACAUCUCACCGAGUUGCUGAGAGAGAAAGCCAUCAAGGUUCCACUUCGGCCUUAUCCAAUUUAGGGUUUCGGUUUUUUACCUUAAAUUUGACGUAUCGGAGCCCUAAAUUUAGGAUCAGGUCUGAGCAAUCUGGUUGGUACAACCUUUGGUCUUGGAGAGUCAACUUUUAUGUCUGAAUUAGACGCUCAGAUUCCUACUGCCUUCGAUCCUUUUGCUGAGGCAAAUGCUGAUGAUUCGGGUGCUGGGACAAAGGAGUAUGUGCAUAUUCGCGUACAGCAGCGAAAUGGUAGGAAAAGCCUGACAACUGUUCAGGGAUUAAAAAAAGAAUUCAGCUAUAACAAGAUACUUAAAGACGUUAAGAAAGAGUUCUGUUGCAAUGGCACAGUUGUUCAGGACCCAGAACUAGGACAGGUUAUUCAACUUCAAGGUGAUCAACGGAAGAAUGUUUCUACCUUCCUAGUCCAGGCUGGAAUCGUGAAGAAGGAGCAUAUCAAGAUUCAUGGUUUCUGAGCGGUUGGAGUCUUAAGUGUCAAGUCUUACCCGCCUGACUAUGAGUUGGGCUUAUAGAUAUUCUUAGUGGUGUAUGUGAUUGCGAUAUUUCUAUCGUGUUCUGGUGUUUUACCAUGUGAUCUGGGAUUAUGGAUUUUAGAACAUUGUGUGUUAUUUGCUUUAAAGACAUAUAUGAAAACAGUUUAAUUGGUAAUCUAUUCGAUCUCAUUUCAUUUA